UGACAAGAUUAAACAUCAGUAAAUAUUACCGUAAGUGCAGGGUAUCUGCUUAAAUUUUGUUUUGAUAACAUUUUGGAGUAGGCCUGUGCUAGCAGAAAAUCGUUUAGGUCAUAAUAUUUUAUUUUGACAAUAGCAUAAUUUAUAUUUAGUUAAAAAAAACUUUUAUUAUACAUUUUUAGAUUAAACAAAAAAAGCUAGCAUUUUAUAUGCUAAAAGAAGCUAUAAGCAAAUAACAAUGCACAUGUAAAAACCUAAACACUUGCAAUAACAUCGUAAUAAGUAUUGAAUUGAAAGUAUUCAGUUAAUCGUUAUCGAUGAUGUUUUACGUAAAAAGCCUUUCUGCAUUCUGUUAUUAAACAAGCUAUAAAAUUACAUUUAUGCAGUGUAUAUUUGUCAGUUAACUAAGCUGCUAGCAUUCAUCUUAUGAAUUAAAAUGUAAUUCUCGUCAAGGUUCGUUUCAUAAACGUCUAUAUUCGUGCGUAAUUUACUUUGCUUUAAACUGAAAGGUCCUCUUUCCUUGGAGUCCAGUGUGAGACCGUUCCCUGUUGUUUCUUGAGGGAUAUCCUUCAAUUAUCCCUGAAACAGACGAAAGAGUUUCUGAAUGAAUGAAUGACUAAAACAAUUAUGAAUUUCUCUUUAAUCCAAAAAGUAGCCACUUGAGGGAGACAUAGGCUUUUUUUGUGUUCAGAAGGGCUAAAGACAGUCAAAAGUGUGACACCUUAAGGUAAUGUUCUCCAGAUCUGUGUUUCCUCCACCUCUCUUAUCUUACCCUCCCUCAUCUGUGCUGUGUAAUCUCUUUAAGAAGCCUCCGUCCCGGGGCAAAUCAGAUUAGAUUUAGGGCCGCUUUCUAUAACACUCCGACAGCAAGCACCAGCAGAUCCUCCGCAAUACUGAAUAAUGAAUUUGCACCAUUAACACGAUCUGCCUGCAAAAUGGAAACCAUCUACAGGGUGUAUGUGACAUAGAGAUGCAUGUGUGUGUCCUGAAAGACAAUGUUUGUGUUUGUUGAAAGUGUGUGUGUAGAGGAGGAGUCAGCAUGUGCCUGGUAGCUCCUUCCUCUGACCUUGGCUACAGAGAGAUGGAGAGAGAAAGAGGACAGAGUGUGUGUGUGUGAAGCGGUGGAGCUAAUUCCUGCACUGCAGCUGUGUAUAUGAUACCAGAGUUAAUGUGGCACCAACAGCGCUAGAUCCACUUGGGAACUUGCCAGAGAAAAACAGAGCGAGAGAAGAGGAAGGAAAUCAUGUCAGCAGCAUGUACACACCGCAGAGAAGCAGCACGAUGUCCUGCGUCUGGUGCCUUCUGGAGGUGAGCUGACUCUUGUGUGGGGUCACCGGGGUCGUGUGUGGACAUGUGGGAGGGCCAGUCUGAGACGUGUCAGGCGCACGGCCUGUUCGAUGCCUUCGUGCAGGCCGCCACAUGCAGGGAGACCCUCAGGGCCUUCCAGGAGCUGUGUAAAGAGCUGAAGCUGCAUCCCGGCGGCCAGCCGCAGUUCUACCACGCCCUGAGGAGCAGACUGCAUGACUGGAAGGCCAAAGCACUAUGGGCCAAAUUGGAUAAAAGGGCCAGCCAGAGAGAGUACAUGAGAGGCCAUGCUUGCACCAGCACUACGUGUCUGAUCAUAGGUGCAGGCCCGUGUGGAUUGCGGACGGCUAUAGAGCUGCGGUUUCUGGGCGCCAGAGUGGUUCUGCUGGAAAAGCGAGAUGCUUUCUCGCGCAACAAUGUGCUUCACCUUUGGCCCUUCACCAUCCAGGACCUCCGCGGUUUGGGGGCCAAAAAGUUCUACGGGAAGUUCUGUGCUGGAGCCAUUGACCAUAUUAGUAUUCGUCAGCUGCAGCUGAUGCUUUUGAAAGUGGCCUUGUUAUUGGGUGUCGAGGUUCACGUGAAUGUGGAGUUCAAACGCCUAGUGGAACCUCCAGACGAUCAGGAUAAAUGUGUUGGUUGGCGAGCAGAGGUCCAUCCCAGCUCUCACCCAGUCAAUCAGCUGCAGUUUGAUGUGGUUAUUGGCGCAGACGGUAGAAGAAACACUUUACCAGGGUUUCGCAGGAAGGAGUUUCGGGGGAAACUGGCCAUUGCUAUCACGGCGAAUUUCAUCAAUCGCAACACCACUGCCGAAGCCAAAGUGGAGGAAAUCAGCGGUGUCGCCUUCAUCUUCAACCAGAGGUUUUUCCAGGAUCUCCGGCAGGCUACCGGAAUUGAUCUGGAGAAUAUAGUAUAUUACAAAGAUGACACUCACUACUUUGUAAUGACCGCCAAAAAGCAAAGUCUUCUGGACAAAGGAGUCAUUCUGCGCGAUUAUGCUGACACUGAGAUGCUGCUGUCCAGGGAUAAUGUGGACCAGAAUGCACUGCUCUCGUAUGCUCGUGAAGCAGCUGAUUUCUCUACCAAUCAUCAGCUCCCUACACUGGACUUUGCCAUCAACCACUAUGGGCAGCCAGAUGUAGCCAUGUUUGACUUUACAUGCAUGUAUGCCUCUGAAAACGCAGCGAUGGUGCGUCAGCGCAGAACUCACCCUCUGCUGGUCGCUCUGGUGGGGGAUAGUUUACUAGAGCCAUUCUGGCCAAUGGGAACAGGAAUUGCUCGGGGCUUCCUGGCAGCCAUGGACACAGCCUGGAUGGUGCGCAGCUGGGGUCAGGGCAACACCCCUUCAGAGGUUCUGGCUGAGAGAGAGAGCGUGUAUCGGUUGCUUCCUCAGACAACUCCAGAAAACGUCAGUAAAAACUACAGCCAGUACAGCGUGGAUCCUGCUAGUCGUUACCCCAACAUCAACAUGCAGCUCAUCAGCGCUCCUCAGGUGUGUCAUCUCAUAGACACAGGUGAGGGUCCGGUUUUAAGCCUCGAUGCAGUCAGCUCUCCACACCCAAGGCUCACACGGCAGGAGUCAAUGGCUCGAUACAGUAAGCUUCUGAGCUGGUGUCAGGAGCAGACGCACGGUUACAUGAACGUGUGCGUGACAGACUUCACAACGUCCUGGAGAAGCGGCCUGGCCUUGUGCGCUCUCAUACACAGAUUCAGACCUGACCUCAUUGAUUUUGCGUCUCUGGAGGAGAGUGAGGCGGAGUUGAAUGGUCAGCUGGGUCUGGACAUGGCGGAGCUGGAAUUUGGUAUUUGUCCUAUAAUGACCGGCAAGGAAAUGAGUGCACUGGAAGAGAGCGACUCUCUCUGCAUGGUCAUGUACCUCAGUCAGCUUCACGAGCUCCUCAAAGACACAGCGCCGGCUAGUGGAAACCUGAGCUCUGGAGAGAAAACAGUUCAGUUCUCCAGCCCCAGGUCACCAAUCUCACUGCUCAGCAAACUGGGACAGAGUCUGUCCCGCAAACGCAAUCCUAAGGAUAAGAAAGAGAAGGAAGCAGAUAGUGUUGGAAAUGGAAAGAGGAGGAGAACAAGUCAGACUGGCCAGUCAGAAGAGGAUGAUGUUCCUCAUGAUACCAAAGAAAAUAAGACUUCAGUAGUACCUCCUGGGUCAGGACCAAAGGUCAGUGAGGGUCACAGCAAGGUUCGGUCCAUGGCAACACUACUGCUGGCUAAAUUCGAGGAAAACUCGCCAUCGGCCUCAGCCAGUGCAACUCGCCGACAGAGCUACAUUCAGAUGUAUACUGGCGGAGUGAGCUCAUUGGCUCAGCAGAUAGCCAAUCAGAUUCAGAGUCAGCAGGAUCAAGCUCCCAAGCUCCUUCAAAGGAGGGAGUUGGGCUCUCAGAAGGAGUUUCCUGUGAACAUGGGAGGCAGCGAUGUGUGUUAUUUCUGCAGCCGUCGCGUUUAUGUCAUGGAAAGGCUGAGCGCAGAGGGAAAGUUCUUCCACAGGAGCUGCUUCCAGUGCGAUCACUGCAGCACCACAUUACGCCUCUCUAACUACGCUUACGACCAGCUACAUGGGAAGUUUUACUGUAAGCACCACUUCAGCUACAGAAUGACCAGCGUGGCUCAGAGAAAGAGACCGGCCCUUCCUGUGGCCCCUCGACCUACUCAGGCUCCCCCUGCUCCAUCCUCGGCUUCUACGUCUUUGUCCUCUUUAGGAUCAGUGGGCACAGCGACCCCACCAGACUCUUGGUCCUCCAGCACCCACCCAGACAUUGUAUCCAGCCUGGCCAAGAGACUGUGUGGUACACCAGAACGCAUUGAGCUGGAGAACUACAAACCCUGCCCAAAACAACAGGACAGCCCACUGCAAGAGGUUCCAGAGGAGACGCUUGCACAGCACAACCUCAGUGCUAGCCUACAGGAGAAAAACACAGAGGAGCAGUCCAGUAGCUCUGAGUCAGACCUAGAGGAGGAGGAGCUUGCCUGGAAGAAGGAGGAGGGGCCGAACAUCAGGACCAAUGGAGAGAGUGAGUUAGAUCUGGGGGAGGAGCUAAAGGAGGAAGAGGGAGAUGAGAACCACGAAAAACAAGGAGAGGAGGGGGAGGAUGAUGAGGAGGAGGAGGAGGAAGAAGGAGAAGUUUCAGAAGAAGAACAAGACAAGGGAGAGUCUAGUGAUGAGUCUUAUGAAGAAUACAGUGACAACACAGAUAUAGACACCAGCUCAGUGAGAGACUCCAAACCAUGUGACCAACAGGCAGAAGAAGAGUCCGUUUCAUUGCAACAGUCAUCUACAGAGCCCCGACCAUCCUUGAAACCGCCAGAAUCAAAUCCCACACCUGAGCUGUCGUCAAAUCUAGAGAGUCCACCAAUCAAGAGGUCAGAGGUUGUAGAGGAGUUCUGGCUGAAGAGUGCUGAGAUCAGGAAGAGUUUAGGCCUGGAACCUCUGUCUAGAGAAUGUGACCCCAAGCAUACAGCAACCCAAACAUCUAAUGUUAAAGAGAGCUUCUACACCUCAGUCGCCUACAUACCGUCCUGCAAUACUAGUUUUACCAACCAAACGGCAAGAAACUGUGACUCCAGCACACAAACUCCAUCUCAAAGCACGUCCCCGCCUGAACCAUCUCACACUAUGGAUGGCGAUACAGGUGUCGCUUUAGAAGACACAAUAGGCCGCUGUUCUGUAAUCCACAGACUGAGCAUCACAGUAGAAGGUUGCGUGAUGGGUGACAAGUUGGAUUUGGACCUCAACUCCACCUCAUUUGGAAAUGAAAACGUUUUAAACUCAGACGCAGGUCUUCCUACUCCUCCGUACAGCCCGUCUAAUUCCCCUCUUGUCGGCAAGCAAUGUCGUGCCCUUCACCAUUCUGAACCCAUACUGGACCGAGAGGUUAUGGUCUUCUCAUCGACCUGCCCUACUCCUGUUCCACAGCGAGACUGUUUUAAACCUGAGCUCAAUCAAGCUCAUAGUCUUCCUCCGGAUGAAAUUGAGAUCCUGUGCGGAAACGAGGCCGAAGGGGCAUCCAGACUGCCGGAAAGAUCUGGUGUCACAGAGCCCGAAGGCCAGACGGACAACCGUAGGCUGGAAUACAGGCGGACGCUUCCUGACCGGUUGGUUGCUCCGCUGCUGGCAGGAGGACCUGAAGUCCGGCUUCGAAGGUCAGAAAUGAAACUGUGGGGGGCAGACAACGGCAUGGAGGAGAAGGAGAAAAACAACUCCCUGUUCUCACCCCGUAAAAGCAGGAAGAGCAUGAACGCAGGAGCUGAGGCCCAGCGGGAGCCAGGAAAGCACAAAUCCCUCUGGAAGACUGUUUUUUCGGUGUAUAAGAAGGACAAAAAGAGGAAAGAGUCUGUGAUGGUGGCGGAAACUCUACCUGCUGCAACUAACACAGAGAGCAAGCGGAAAGUGUCAGGAAUCAACAGAACAUCAGACCUGUGCUUCCGGAAAAAUCCCAGUUUCUCUGAAGACACAGACUUGUCCUGCCAUGCUCUUCUAGAUAGAUGUCCUCUCAGAGCUCAGAGAGCGGAAACGGAGGAGGAACUCAACGCCAAGCUAACACGCAGGGUGCAGAGAGCAGCACGGAGACAGGCCAAGCAGGAGGAGCUCCGGAGGCUGCACAGGGCACAGAUAAUCCAGCGUCAGUUGGAGCAGGUGGAGGUCAAGCAGAGGCAGCUGGAGGAGAAGGGUGUAGCUGUGGAGAAAGCACUCAGAGGCGAAGCAGACUUCUGGGAAGACUCUAGUACAUCAAACCUUUUGGACGUACAUCUGGGUGGAAUGGGAAAGAAAGAUGACCCUAGUUUAAUGCAUCAGUGGUUUAAGCUGGUGCAGGAGAAGAAUGCUCUCGUGCGCUAUGAAUCCGAGCUCAUGAUAUUCGCACGUGAACUGGAGCUGGAGGACAGGCAGAGUCGACUACAGCAAGAGCUGAGAGAGCGCAUGGCGGUGGAGGACGAUCUGAAGGGGGAGGAUGAGCUGGCGGAGGAGAGGCGUAUAUUGAGCGAGAUGCUGGAUGUGGUGGAGCAGAGAGAUGCGCUCGUGGCCUUGCUGGAGGAGCAGCGGGUCAGAGAAAAAGAGGAGGACAGUGACCUGGAGGCCGUCAUGCUUUCGAAGGGCUUCAGUCUGCACUGGGACUGACUCGCACAUGCACGAAUCUCAUCAUACCGCUUGAAGGGCUACUCUGUGUCUCUUUGCGCAACCAGAAUACGCAGCUGCUGUUUUCAUCGGUCCGAACGGCCCGUCCACCCGCACUCUGGGCCGUUUGUGCAACUACAUGGGUGUCUAAAUAAUGAAUCCUGGGAUUGGCUGAUUGAGGUGCAAAAUACAGGCCCUGAUUAGGACGAAUGGCGAUGUCUUGCUGCCAAAUAAUGCUAAUCUAAGACUGCUACGCUACUAUGCAAAGGAACAUCUUUUUGUUUGCGCUGUCUUUAUUGAUACCGUUAAAGGUACAUCUGUGGUUUUAUCCAGUUUCGGCUUAACAGUAAUGAAUAUAGAAUGGCAUAUAUAACCACACUGUCAGUUUACAGUACAUAUUGGCGCAUGUAAAUGUAAAACUAAGGCUUAGAAAAAAGGCUUAUUGAUGUACGAUUGGGAUUGUUUUGGGGUUUUUUUGGACCUGAUUUAGGGCAACAAUUUCUGUUGUUUAAUCUGUAUAACCUCACACGCAAUUGUCCGUUCUCAAUAUAUUCACAUUAAUUUAUUGGAUGAAAUGUCUUGAUUUUCUCUUCAUCAUAUAAAGUACAGAAUUUAUUUUACAUUUAGUUGUUGUUCUAUUUAUUCUGCAAAACUUACUUGCAAUUAAACAACCUUUCUUUUGGCAUAAA